CGUCGCCUACACCCAACCUCCUCCUCCCCCCCGAUCAGCUGCUCAGCUCGCCCUCGCACACCCCGUUCCCAGACCCUUUCCCGCUGCCGGCUUGCCACGGUGCGUUCGGGGAAGGGGAGUUUUGCUGCAGCUCAGGGCAAAGGGCAGGGGAAAGGCACCAGCUUCAGCGGGGCUUCACUUUGGCAAUGGGCAUGUGCAGACACUGUGCACAUGCCCAUUAGGGCCGCAUGAGGCCGGGCGGAUUUUGCUGUUCCACCGGCAAAGCCCUCGCACAAGCCGCAUCCUCAGAGCAGCAGAGCCAGACAGGGGGGAGACCCACGCUCGCACUCACACGCGACCAGACAGGGCGGGUGGAGGAAUCGCCUAGACGUUUCUGGCUCCUGCUUUCUCCAGCGAGCGACUCCCCCGCUGCAUGUGUUGGCCAAGCUAAAGGAUCGCGUGAUACCAAUGAAAUACACAAAACUGUAUCUCUGUGCUGAUCCUGUGUCGGAAACAAUGGGACCCGCGGCCGCCGGCGUGGGGCCCAGCCCCCAAAACGUGCUGCUAAGAGGAUUUUUGGAGAGGUGAGGCUGGAAACUUUCCGGAGGAGCGUGACUGUACCAGUGACAUGCCUGGCUCCCUCCUUCCCUGAGCGCCUGAGGAUUUUCUGAUUGGCAGCUUGUCCCUUGGAGGCUCGCGGCGGCGCUGUCAUGGGGCUGACAUAAAGCGGUAUCAUCAGGUCCUUAUUUCAAAGUGGGCUGGGGUGGGGGGCUCCAUUGACUACACAGGUCUUAGUCGUUUUGAUUUGCAACCGAUCCGCUGUGACUUCUUCCAGCCAAGUUCCCCGCCCGACAGCUGCGGGAGGCGGUCAGCAAUGCAGCCCACCCGCUCCCGCGGCGGCCACCUCCGGCAGCCGGGACAUUAGGAGCCGCGGCUGAAGAUGGGGCGAGGAGGCACCGCGGCAAGCCGCCGGCUGCCCUGAGGACUGACUGAUCGUUUUCUGGGCGGGGGCAGGUGGGGAGGCAGAAGGGGGCGGGGGUGGGGGCCGCCAUCUGAACAACUUGUGGUGGGAAAGCAAGGACGGCAACUGGCCCUGCGCUCCACGCGUGGCCACCUCCAGCCCCUCCGGGUCACGGGGCGCUGGUGUGAUUCCCUCGCAAGCGGCGAUUCCCUGCCGACCAGCGCGCUGCUUUAAAACCAGACGGCGAGGAGUGUGUGGCAGCGGGUGGGGGACUAGCCGCCUGAAAUCCAUUCAGCACCGCCCGGCUCACACAGGGGAUCUACAACCGAGCAGCCGCAGCCGCCCCCCCCCCCCGCAAAGGAUCCGGCGUGUGCCGUGUGGGGUGUGUGUGCGGGGGGUUGUUGUUGUUGUUGUUGCGAGCACGCCUCCCCUAGCCGCUCCAUGAGGGGGAGUGGGCGCUCCGCUCUCCUCGCUGCCUGCGCGGGCUUGGAGCAAAGGCGGCAAUCGGCGGCCAGCCCCCGCCUCCCCGACAAACUCGGCUGUGGUCUGGCGACAGCCGCGGUGGGCUCGGGGCUUCUGGCGCUCGCCCGUGCUUCCCUUCGCCGCCCCAGCCCCGCUGCCCUUGGGCGUCUGCUCUCCAGAGCCGGCUGGCGGGUGGAAGUCAGACAAUGAGGCGCUGGGAAACUCCUCUAGGGCACAGCCGCGUUCCGGGAGGAAAAGAGCCUUAGCAGCCCCCCCCCCCCCUCCUCCAGCGCACACACCCACCGCUGAGCGCCUCGGCUCGGCCGGAUUUUUUUGCCCGGGUGUAUUUCAGGCCGGUGGGGCAGCUCCCGUCUGCCUGGGCUCCCCCGAUGGUUUUGCCUCGGCUCCGGGAGAGCUUCAGAUCGCACCUCGCCCUCCUGAGCUCCCUCUGCACUAGGAUGUUGCGGCAGGUUUUGCACAGGGGGCUGAGGACGUCUUUUUCCAGACUCGGCCACUUCAUUGCCAGUCACCCGGUGUUCUUCGCCUCCGCACCUGUGCUGAUCUCGAUUUUGCUGGGCGCCAGCUUCAGCAGGUACCAGAUCGAGGAGAGCGUGGAGUAUCUCCUGGCCCCCAAACACAGCCUGGCCAAGAUCGAGAGGAACCUGGUGAACAGCCUUUUCCCGGUGAACCGCUCCAAACACCGGCUCUACUCUGACCUGCAGACCCCUGGGAGGUACGGCAGGGUCAUCAUCACAUCCUUCAGGAAGGCGAACAUGCUGGACCAACAUCAUACUGAUCUGAUCUUAAAGUUACACUCAGCUGUGACCAGGAUCCAAGUACAAAGACCUGGUUUCAAUUACACAUUUGCCCAUAUAUGUAUCCUGAAUAAUGACAAGACUUGCAUAGUGGAUGACAUAGUGCAUGUACUGGAGGAGCUAAAGUCUGCUCGAUCUUCUAAUCGAACUAAUUUUGUUAUCACAUAUCCAAUCACUCACUUAAAGGAUGGCAGGGAAGUGUAUAACGGGCACCAGCUUGGCGGGGUUACCGUGCACAGCAAAGAUCGGGUGAAGUCUGCAGAAGCCAUCCAGCUCACCUACUACUUGCAGGCGAUCAACUCUCUGAAUGACAUGGUAGCAGAAAAGUGGGAAUCCAUCUUUUGUGACACUGUCGAACUUUUUCAGAAAUCCAACAGGAAAGUCAAAAUGUAUCCCUUCACUUCGUCUUCGCUGAGGGAGGAUUUCCAGAAGACGAGCAGGGUGUCAGAACGUUACCUGACCACAGGCCUGGUCCUUGUGGUCACUUUGGCCAUACUCUGCUGUUCUAUGCAGGAUUGUGUCCGCAGCAAACCUUGGCUUGGCCUUUUAGGGUUGUUAACGGUGAGCUUAGCCACUCUGACUGCAGCUGGAAUCAUCAAUCUGACUGGUGGGAAAUACAAUUCCACCUUCCUGGGAAUUCCCUUCAUCAUGUUAGGUCAUGGGUUAUAUGGGACUUUUGAAAUGUUGUCCUCCUGGAGGAAAACUAGAGAAGACCAACAUGUUAAAGAGAGAACUGCAGCUGUGUUUGCAGACUCCAUGCUCUCCUUUUCUCUCACCACUGCCAUGUACCUGGUCACUUUUGGAAUAGGUGCCAGUCCCUUCACUAACAUUGAAGCAGCAAGGAUUUUCUGCUGCAAUUCCUGUAUUGCAAUUUUCUUCAACUACCUCUACGUACUCUCCUUUUAUGGUUCCAGCCUGGUGUUUACUGGCUACAUAGAAAACAACUACCAGCAUAGUAUCUUCUGCAGAAAGGUACCAAAGCCAGAGGUAUUGCAAGAGAAGCCUGCAUGGUAUAGGUUUCUUCUGACAGCCAAAUUCAGCGAGGACACAACCGAUUCAGAGGAAACAAAUACUUAUGAAAGUCAUCUUUUGGUGUGUUUCCUCAAACGCUAUUACUGUGACUGGAUAACAAACACUUACGUCAAGCCUUUUGUAGUUCUCUUUUACCUUAUUUAUAUUUCCUUUGCCUUAAUGGGCUACCUGCAGGUCAAUGAAGGGUCAGACCUUAGUAACAUCGUAGCAACCGCGACACGAACCAUUGAAUACACUACUGCCCAGCAAAAGUAUUUCAGUAACUACAGCCCAGUCAUUGGGUUUUAUAUCUAUGAGUCAAUAGAAUAUUGGAACACAAGCGUUCAAGAAGAUGUGCUAGAAUAUACUAAAGGGUUUGUGAGGAUAUCUUGGUUUGAGAGCUAUUUAAAUUAUCUUAGGAAACUCAACAUAUCUACUGGAUUGCCCAAAAAGAAUUUUACUGACAUGUUGAGGAACUCUUUCCUGAAAGCCCCCCAGUAUGCCCAUUUUUCAGAGGAUAUCAUCUUUUCCAAAAAAUACAACAACGAAGUUGAUGUAGUAGCUUCAAGGAUGUUCUUGGUGGCUAAGACAAUGGAAACCAAGAGAGAAGAACUCUAUGAUCUCCUGGAAACCUUGAGGAAACUCUCUCUCACAUCCAAGGUGAAAUUCAUCGUUUUCAAUCCAUCAUUCGUAUACAUGGAUCGUUACGCCUCCUCAGUGGGAGCCCCCUUACAAAAUUCCUGCAUCAGUGCUUUAUUUCUGCUCUUCUUCUCGGCAUUCCUGGUGGCAGACUCUCUAAUCAAUGUCUGGCUCACUCUAACUGUUGCCUCAGUCGAAUUUGGAGUCAUAGGUUUCAUGACCUUGUGGAAAGUGGAACUGGACUGUAUUUCUGUGUUGUGCUUAAUUUAUGGGAUUAAUUAUACAAUUGACAACUGUGCGCCACUGUUAUCAACCUUUAUCCUGGGCAAAGAUUUCACAAGAACUAAAUGGGUAAAAAAUGCCCUAGAAGUGCACGGGGUAGCUAUUUUACAGAGCUACCUCUGCUAUAUUGUUGGUCUGAUUCCUCUUGCAGCUGUGCCUUCAAAUCUGACCCGUACACUGUUCAGGUGCUUGUUUUUAAUAGCAUUAGUCACCUUCUUUCACUGCUUUGCCAUUUUACCUGUGAUACUGACUUUUGUGCCACCAUCCAAGAAAAAAAGGAAAGAGAAGAAGAAUCCUGAAAACCGUGAGGAAAUAGAGUGUGUCGAAAUGGUGGAUAUGGAUAGUACCCGAGUGGUUGACCAAAUUACAACAGUUUGACUUGUUUGUUUGUUGUCUUUUCACAGUAGGUCUUAUUGAGAGAAAAGAGAUCAUUAUUGACUAAAUAUUGGAUUUUUGAUUUUUCUUUUCCUAAACUAAAACCAAGAAUAGCCAAAAUGGUGGGGGGGGGAGAGAAAUUGUACAUUAAUUGGCCUCCAUAACAAAGGUAUUAUUAGUGAAAGAAUUUAUACACACACGCAAAGAGUGUGAAUUUUAGUCACUUGAGGUAAGAUCUAAUAAGGGAAGAUGGGUUACUAAGCCCUGUUCUGCCUUCUCUAUACUGCAGAUACAGCUAUUAUUAUUGCUGAGCCCAAUCAAAUUGAAAGGUCAACUGUCAAGGCUGAACUAACGCUCAGUGUUCAUCCGGAGGUAAAGGCUUUACAAACUUUCUGCACAGCAAUAAUUCAGCUCAAUGAGUCAGCUCUGAUAGGUCUUAGCCAUCACAUUGAACUUUUCUUUUCUCUUUUCCUCGAAUGAAAACAUGCAUGCAAGUUUGUAUAACAGAAAGCAAAUUGAACUAGGGAAGAAGGCUGUAUGCAGCAACCAAACACUUUCAGAACAAAUUUGUGUUACAAAUCAUUUUCUUUUCUAAAAAUACAGUUAUUUUAAAAUGUAAUUCAUCCCCAAGAACAUUUUUAAAGUCACGGUUUUUGUAGCUUUUCCUUUUUAAAAAAACAAAAAAUGUCAGUGUCUCUGGUACGCUAGAAGAUGUACGAUUCUAUUUUAUGAAUGUCUUGCUACUAGUUAAACAAGGGAUCUGCUUUACCAACCGUAGUUUUGUUAGUACUGUACUAACAUAUACCAACGGCUCUAACAGCAGAUAAAAGAUGGUGUACUGAAUAUUUCAGCACCAAAAUCCAUGAAACAAACCUCAAAUACCUAAUGUCACCAAGGAAAAGUGAAUGUUAGGGCUCCUUUAAUAAGAGUCUCUUUCAGGCCAUUCACUAGUAAUGCACACUAAGAGGAUUAAUGGGUAGUUUUACAUAAUGUAUAACUUAAUCCCUCAAUCUUCCUAGAGUAGCUGUAAAGCAAUAGCCUUCACAGUUAUGGGCUCUUCCAGGAGACAGCAGACCACAAACGUGAGUUAUAUAUUACAGUUCAAAGGUAGGACCACACUAACAGUGUCAUGUUUAACUGUCUCCCCAAAGAGCCUGUAUCAAAGGGGCCUAUUGAAAACACCACUUUUUUUUUUUACAUUACUGAAUCUUUUUGGAGCAUUGUGUUCUAAAUCAAUAGAUAUGUCAGCAUCUGUGAUGUGGAGUAAUGUGGAUAAAGAAGCAUCCUCACCCCCACGCCCACUUAAGAACCACAGGACAUUGUUGUGAGGUUUUAUACCAACACAUAGGCUAAUUGAUUUGGUUUUGCUAGAGCAGUCUAAAUUAGUCAACUAAAACCCAGUAACAUGCAGCUGGCUUUUGUGCGAGAUGUUCUAGUGACUAUUCUCUGUUAACAUCUGUCCAGAAAGUAAAAGUACUUGAAAGUAUUUCAAUAACUGGGAAAAUGUUCACUUAACUCAUGGGUCGUGGAACUCAAACCGAUGUUUUCUGGUGUGUGCUUGGGCUAACGAGGGUGCUUUGGUUUCAGGAGGCUGCAUGUGUUACACAAUGAUUAAUGCAUGCGUUGUAAUGAAUUGGUGAUUUGCCCAUCACUGCAUAGUACUGUUCUUUAGCACUAAUUCAAAAUGGCUCCCAUUAGACCUGUGUGAAAUCUUCAGAUUCCAUUUUGUGAAUUUUAAUUUUCAAAGAGAUAUUUCUUACAACUUUUUGCUUAGCCAAAAAUUCAGACCUUUUACCCUGAAGCAAAGUUUGAUGACUAUGUAGGAGCAACUGGAAGCUCUAAUGCAACUUCAUUCUUGGCAGAAAAACUGUCAGACAUCCUCAGGCCAGUAGAAAGACAACAGAACCUGGGGAUGGGUGGAAAGGUACUUUACAGACCUGUUGUUUGUUUGGGGGUUUUGUUUUGUUUUUUAUAUGUUCUUGAGGCUCAAGCCUUGGCCUAUAGUUUCCAGCCAGAUGGGAGAUGGAGAGAGUUUCGGGAGCAUAGAAAAUCAGCUUUGUUUUAGUAAAAAUUCAAGACUUUUCAUGUGAUUGUCUACUCUAAAGUGUGAUUCUUGUCUACCUGUUUCACUUCCACUUUCAUUUUUUUCCACAGAACUCUAAGCACACUGUUGCUUUUUGUGAGCUGAACUUUGAGAGUCCUUUGGAAGGUCCAAUUUUUCAUAUCUGUUUCUGAGCUUGAUGUAAGUCUUUAAAUUAGGUCCCCAGAUCCACAUUUAUUUCAAAUUUUAUGUGACAGUCAUUAUUGUCAUCCAAAUAACACUUAAUUACUCUUCAUUAGAACUGUUCAACAGAUAAAUACCUAUUUAUUGAAGUUUAAAAGCUAGUGUAACUAUCAGUAGAUUUACUAACAUACACUAUUAUAAACCUCUUUACAUUUAAGUUAAAUGAAUAGCUGGGGCUAUCUUCAAGUGCUCCUGAGGGAAGAGAUGGGUGUUCAAGCUUGCAGCUUCAUAGGUCUCUCAUUAAAUCUAAGUAAAAUGGGGCCUUUUGAUAUCUCCAAGAAAGAAGGUUAAAAAAAGUUAGAACACCUACUCUUUAGUCCCAAAAUCUGCUGGAGAGAGGGUGUUGACACAAAGUGAUAUCAUUCCCCUCAGCCCCUCAAAAACCCCACCAUGAAAACUCCAUGUAAUGAGGUUUGGGGGUACACACAUGUGGGGCUUUGCCUGGGUUUAUCAGAGAUUGGGAAGGUCAGGGAGGAGCUACUUCUGCAGCAUCACUUCCUCAGAGAGACUCAGAAGAAUUUUCACACAUACAUUCAUCCUGACCCUUCCACUUCUAUUCCCCACAUUCAGAAAGAGGCUAGGCACAGUCAGGGAGCCAGGAUGAUUCCUUAGGAUGCUCUGGGCCAAAGGCAGGCUAUAUUCACCACAGUAUCGAUUAAAAUGUGUAUAAUUUAGGCUCAUAUACCAACCCAGAGCUGGGGUUAACCCUGCACAAGAGAUUACCCUUAACAAACAACUACAAAACCCCAAGUGCCUGUAAAAUUCUGCUCACCCUGUUUUAGAAAGCCAUCUUAGUUUAAGCAACCAGUUU